UUUUAGUUUUUUCCUUUAAAUCCUUUUUAAUAUUCCUCAACAAUUUUCUUUUUUAUUUGUAUCUGGGUUCCUCAACCCUCAGAGACCGACACACUGGGCUCGCAAGAGUAAAACAACGCAUCCGAGUAAAGAAAGUGAUUGUGGUAAUGGCUGGUAAAGUGAUGAAAUUUGUAACAAAGUCGGUGGGAGAGUACCAGUAUCCUUGGAGGGAGAAGCUGAUGAAACAUCAGGAAGAUCUUUCAAAGGGAGUUUGGGGUUAUUGGCACCUCGGGGCUUGGAAACAUAGUAGCAUUAGUGCCCGUCAUCGAGCUCGAGUCCGCAAGGAAGCCCUCCUUGCUGGAGAAGACUGGCCAUAUGAUCCAAAAAGGAAAGAAAUGAGAACAAAGAGGAAAGGACACAAAUGUGAUCGGAUAUCUGCAGAGAAACGAGCCAAUACUGCUGAAUUAAUGCAGAAAAUGCCACAAAUGUUAGCAGAUUUCAAAAAGCGCAGGUGGGAAAGGAAGAUGAAUGAAGAGGAUGCUGCGGCCAAGAAAACUUGAAGAUAAAAUGACUCCUCUGUUGCUAAACUUAUCUUGUCUUAGCUGCAUGAUAAUAUCAUGAAAACUUUGCUUUUAAAUGUUUACUUUCGACUGAUAAUCAAGUGAUUAAGACACAAGUAUGGUGACUACCAAAUUUUUCCCAACUAUGUUGCAGUGCUGUGAUAGUUUUUAUCUU